AUGGGCCCCAGUCUAGAAGAUGCAGAGCGUGCACUCAUUGCCCUGUACGGGCCCAAGGAAGAUUGGCCGCAUGAUUCCAGAGGGCCUGAGAUAGCGGCUUCGGUCUGGGUCGCUUUUAGCUUCGCCGCCAUAUUUGUCGCCUUGAGAUUCUGGACUCGCAUCAAGAUUGUCCGGAGUCUUGGUGCCGCAGAUUGGCUGGUCCUUGCAUCACUUCUCGCAGCUGCAGGCAUGUCGGCCGUGAUGACAGUGGAAGUUGGCUAUGGAAUGGGGAAACACGUAUAUGAUAUUGAGCCGAAAGAAAACUUUCUCAAGAUGCUCAAGACAUGGUAUUUUUCCCUGUUCUUCUACUGCGUCUCCUUGGGACUCAGCAAGACUUCGAUAUGCGUGAUAUACGUGACCAUCUUCACGUAUGACUGGGCGAAGAAAUGUUCGUGGGCGAUGCUCAUCUUCGUCGUUGUGCAUAAUCUGUGGGCACUCGGCACCACGCUCACCUUUUGCAUUCCACUCCAGUCUGUGUGGGAUCCCAGAGUCAAGGCCAGCUACUGUCAUUCCGAGUCUAUUUGGUGGGUUAACACCAGGUAUGAACACCCUCACCACUCACCCUCCCCCCAACGCGUUGUUUGGAAACUCACAGCUUGUUCUAGCUUGGGCGUCUUUACAGACUUUCUGAUCUUUCUCCUCCCGAUCCCGAUGAUCAUGCCACUGAAACUUCCUCGACGACAAAAAAUCGCCGUCACCGUCGUCUUUGCGAUUGGUUUUUUCAUCUGCAUCGUCUCCGUCAUCCGCCUCAGCAUCAUUGUUUGGUUGAAAAGCAACCCGCACGUAGAUUACACCUACGUCAACGCCUUGUCGAGCCACUGGACGUCACUCGAGAUCCACAUAUCCAUCCUUGUCGCCUGCGCCAUGACACUCAAGCCUCUCAUCACGCGCCUCUUUCCCAAUUUACUCGAGCCCCCAUCAGGGGAGAGCACAGGAAUGCCGAGCGGUGGGGGGGCAGGCAGCAACGGAGGAGCACAGCUGACGAUCGGGUCGAAACCAUUGCGGAAUCAGCCGGCGCCGGCACGGCCUGGGGCCGGCGGGGACUGGUUGGAGAUUGUCGCCGAGGAGGGGCCGACGGUGAGAAACAACAAUAACAACAACAACAACAACAACAACAACAACAACAACAACAACAACAACAAAGAAAAUAAUGUAAUAGAGGACGUUGCCCUCAGGGAUAUCGAUGUCGAGGCGCAGUCACAUCAGCACCAUCGGCCGAAGCAAUCGAACGCCGCCUCCACGAAGGGGGAGAGAGAGAACAAGGAGCUGGGAUCCGACACUCAUUUGUCACGAGGCAGUAUUGUGGAGGAACUGCCCGAAUUUUUGAGGCCGGGGAGCAGGCCGUAUGCGAAGGGGGAUGCGGCGUCGGUUAGUACGCAGGCUUCUUUAUUAGGUCCGGAGGUUACGGCGAGGUCGAUUGGAUAA